AUGGCCCGACCUCAGCCGCAGAGAGUUUUCCCAUCCCGAGCCUCCACGCGCGUUGCUCUCGCGAGUCUCUGUUCUCUUUUCGCCUUCGCCGCGCUGUCUUCCGCCCGCCUCCUCGAAGCCUCGCGACCGUCCCCGAGUUCCACGGUACUGUGCCGGGAGCCUCUUGCAGGCUUUCUCCGCCUCUCGCUUCGCCGUCUCAGCUUCCCUGUCACCACGUCGCUGCGGACCUCGCGGCAGAGCGCCCGAGCCGUCGCUUCCUACCCGCUGCCUGCCGACGCUCUUCUGUCUGGCUCCCGCCAGAUCGCUCUUGCGCGUCGCGCGACGGAGGCCUGCGGGCCCCGGGAGGGCGGGCGGGGGGCUCUGUGGAGGAAGCCGAAGGAGCAGACCUGCGGCGGCCCGCGCAGAGCGAGUCGCUGCCGCGCCCACGGGCCUGUUCUGCUCGCUGGCUCAGAUGGAAGGGGAAUAGCGAGCCGUGCGGGAGCGGCGGCGCCCGGCCGCGACCCCGCGCCUUCCUCAACCUGCGCGCCCGCGGCAGGCGCGUCGGUCUCCUUGUCUUUGGAGCCUCACUCCAGAGAUCUGCGCGUGACUGCUGCCGGAGGGGCCGACAACGCGGGCGUCGCCCCUGCGGGGGCAAGUGCCCCCUGGCCCUUCGGCUCUCCGCUGGCCGUGGAGGAUCUUUCUUCGAGGCCGCACCCCAUGCGGGCCGCGCAGGCCCCAGGCGGCCUACAGCAGGGGGAGUUUCUUCUCCCGGGCGACUUCUCAGCGGCAAAACCGCCGAAGACUGGGCCUGGGGACGCGGGCCUGGAAGCCCCGACGGGCGCGCCGGACGCCGCGCCGCAGAGCCGCCGGCCGGGGCCGGACGCCCCGCGGGCUUCCCCGCGCACGCUCGCGCUGCAGACUAUGGCGAACGACUGGAUUUCGGUGGGUAAAGUCCUUGGCGUCCACGGCCUCCAUGGCGAAGUCAAGGUCCGCGCCACCACGUAUAGAGUUCAGGAGCGCCUCGGCGAGCCAAGUGUGCGCCUCUUCUUCACACCGGCCGGGCGGGGACGACUCUCCUCGUUGGAGGUCGAGCGGACGCGACGAACUGGUCAGCAGAGGCUGCUGCUUCUGAAAUUCAAGUCCAUCGACGACAGGAACGCAGCGGAGGCCCUGACUGGCGGGCUCUUGGUGAUUUCGGCGCACCAGGCUCGACAGGAUCUCCCCGCCGGGCGGUACCUCCUGUCGGAACUCUCCGGCUUCUUCGUCACAGUCCAUGGAGACCCUGAAAAGAACAAAAUUGGCCGCGUGGUCAGAGUCAUCCCCCGCGAAACCGCCGUGAAGGAGUCAGCUGUCGCGGCCGCGGACGACUCGCUGGAAAUUCUUCUGUACCGAGACGUCGCGGCCAAGCCCCUUCUGCACGAUUUCGCUCCGCCGCCUCGCGCGAUGCCUCCCGAGAUUUUCGGGGAGACGUACAUGAAGACUAGCAGGCUGGACGAGAGAAUGAAAGCAGCUGGCCUGGAGGUGCUCUUUCAGUGCGAGUUCUGCGGGAAAAAAUUCCGCCACCACGACCGGGCCAACGCCCACGAGCUUAGGUGUAUGUACACUUCGGGCAACUCGACGCUGGUCACGGAUUUCCAGGGGCGCCUGCGCGACCGCCGCAGGGAAGUUGUGAGAGAGGCUGUCGCGCAGAGCGAGGCGCAGCGGUGGAGCAGCGAAGCCUCGGCUUUUUCCGACGCCGUGAGCGGCGGUGCGCCGCUGGCCAAUCCAGGGAGUUCCCUGCAUGCGGAGAACUUCCAGGAUUCCCUGGUUUGGCUGGGGGACGAGGACGCGCUCCGGAGGGCGCAAAGCGAGCUGCGGAAACUCGAGCCUGCCGUCGCCACGAGAGGCGGCGAGGGCGGCUGGUGGCUCGAGGAAGGAGACCAAGGAACCGACUGGAUAGUGGAAGACGACGAACUGUUUGAAGAAGUUGGCGAGAGCACUGACCGCGCGGAUCUCUUGACGUUCCAAAACCUCCUGACGGGGACUUCCCGCGCCGGGCAGCUCGCCGCCGCGGAAACCGAUCUCGAUGCGCCUGCGCAGAAGAAAAAGUUUUUGCUGCCGCUGGCCUACAACCAGACCGUGUGGGACAUCGACUUCGCCGCGCACACAGUCGCAAUCAGCGCCCCUCCCAGUCUCCUGGACUGA